AUGCCCGAGCCGGCCAAGUCUGCGCCCGCGCCCAAGAAGGGCUCCAAGAAAGCCGUCACCAAGACCCAGAAGAAGGGCGACAAGAAAAGAAAGAGAGCACGGAAGGAGAGCUACUCGAUCUACGUGUACAAGGUGCUGAAGCAGGUGCACCCCGACACGGGCAUCUCGUCCAAGGCCAUGGGCAUCAUGAACUCCUUCGUCAACGACAUCUUCGAGCGCAUCGCCGGCGAGGCGUCGCGCCUGGCGCACUACAACAAGCGCUCGACCAUCACCUCGCGGGAGAUCCAGACGGCCGUGCGGCUCCUGCUGCCCGGCGAGCUGGCCAAGCACGCCGUCUCCGAGGGCACCAAGGCGGUCACCAAGUACACCAGCUCCAAGUAAGCUGCCUCUGCAGCCCAUGCUAGACCUGCUCGACCCAAAGGCUCUUUUAAGAGCCACCCACCUUUUCAAUAAAAGGGCUGUAUAGUCAUAUAAGGAGGGGUGGGGGGGACGAUUCGAGAUGUUAUUUAGUGUGAUCGUGCUUUAUAGAGUCAUCUGAAGUUACAGUUAAAACUAAUUACAGUAAAAAAUUCCCAGCUAGUUUUGUGUACCAAGAAAUGAAAACUUCUUUAAAAAAAAGAAGUAUGUGCAAGUAAUGUCUUUAUUGUCAUGGAAAUAUUUUUUUUUUUCUGUAGGUGAAACUCUUAACCGUUUACUUUUUCACUUUUGUUUUAAAAAUUAUAUAUUUAUUGUAUAAUGCAUUCUGAUCAAUGUCCUGUUUCAGUUCCCCUACGGUUUUCAUGUAUCUGCUGCAAAUGUAAGGAAAACUUUUGUGUAGAUUAUUAGCUCUUGAGAGAGAAUUCAAUUUGCUUUAUUGUUAACGGAAGCUCUGUGUACGGUGUUGUAGCUGCUGUAACAACGUCUACUGCUCGAGGGUGCCUCAGUCCGUAUAUAUUUUCAGAAUUGAACUGAAGGAGGUGUCCACAGUGCACUGUAAUGUAAAAACUUAAAUAGUAACAAUUGCUUUCUUGAUAAGCUGUUAAUCACUGUUACUAGCUACCAGCCUCCACAUCUAAAAAAGCAUAUAAUGGUUAAUAAAACACAAGUUUUUUUCUAAAAGUUA